CGACAGUGAUAGAAGAACGAAUUCAAGGAUAAUAUCGUGUGCCUCAAAUUGUAUUUUUACUGUGACAUAACAGUGACUGCGAACUACUAUUCCGUCAAGGAUUUUCGACGUUUCGAAUCGGUCGAUUCCAACGUGGAAGAUGGCACCUCGUGCCAUUGCUGUACGGGUCGCCUGCUUAGCAUUGCUCUGCAGUGCCGCCCUGGUCGAUGCGAGAUCGGCCAGAAAACGAAGAGCAGUGGAUUCCAACCUGAUCGAUCAACCCGGCGCUUCAGAUAAGAACCUGUGCAAACCCCUGAGGGCUCCCGCCCACGGCACGAUAGCAUGCGGAGCUGGCUUCCCUUUCUAUUCGUGCACAGCUAGUUGUAACACCGGCUAUCGCUUCCCGGGCGGCCUGACGUCUGACAAGCGGGAAUGCGACCAGAUGUUCGGGGAAUGGUUCGAUCCCCCGGGCAUGGACAUACCUGACUGUGAACCCGUUUGCAACCCACCGUGUGCAAACGGAGGCACGUGCCUACUUCCGGACACAUGCACAUGCGCAAACGGGUUCAUGGGAGCGCAAUGUCAAUAUCCGGCCAGUAACUGCGCCAACCCGCCCAAUCCCAGGAACGGCUUGGUCACAUGUCAGAACGAUACUUCCGGUGCGCGCUGUACCGUCACGUGCAACACAGGGUUUAAACCCCUAUGGGCUAUCACUCCCACGUUCAAGUGCAGCCCAGACGGCACGUGGGCCCCGCUUCUCGAAGAGAUCCCUGACUGUGUAUCUGAGUCGACUCCCAUCAACACAACGCACGUGAGCUCGACGCAUCCUAGUACCGGAAGUGCCCGCUGUACGGCCUGGGGUCAGGAUCACUAUCGAACCUUCGAUAACAAGGUGUACCACUACAAGGGGUCGUGCCAGUACGUGCUGGUCAAGGACGCGGUCGCAAAUACCUUCAACAUUUACGUUAUCAACGACAAGAACUGCCAGCCGGGACACAGGUGCAAACGAGAACUCGACAUCUUCGUCGGUAACGACCAGAUCUCCCUGAGGCGCGGCGCAAACGGACCGGUAGUGACGUACAACGGCGCCCCGGUGGCUGUCCCAAGCAACAAGGGCGGAAUUAUCUUCGAGGAGAUCUCCCAAUACAUGAUCGUCCGCAGCAGCAUCGGUUUUCAGAUCCGCUGGGACGGUUACGAGAUGAUCUUUAUAACUCUCACUGAUGAUCUACGAAAGAAAACAAAGGGCCUCUGCGGCACCUAUGACGGGGACCAGUCGAACGACUUCACUACCGAUACCGGGGCAGUGGUUACUGAGGAACAAAGCUUCGUCUCCACGUGGAAACGCUCCUUCGCCGGAGAGACGUGUGCGGACGUCGCUCAAACCGGAUGUAGCGCUGCGGCACCCGCUGUUGUUGCCACUGCUACAAGCACAUGCGAGGCACUCAAUGGCGCGGAGUUCCAGAUAUGUCAUCAUGCCGUCCCGCCUGAGGAUUAUAUCCGCGCGUGCAAGGAGGAUUGCUGCGCCGCUUCCGGUCAUGACUGCCUGUGCAGCUCCCUUGAGGCGUACUCCAGAGCAUGCCUCGAGCACAACAUCAACAUCGACUGGAGGUCACCGCAGAGAUGCCCGGCCCAGUGCCCCGGAAACCAGAUCCACAAGGAGUGCGGCAGCAUGUGUCAGAAGACGUGCCAGUCGCACGCUGCCACCUGCGAGGACAACUCGUGCAUCGACGGCUGUUUCUGCCCCGACGGUAAGGUGCUCCACAACAAUAUGUGCGUCCAGCAGUCCGAAUGUCCGUGCGUCCUGAACGGCAGGGAGUACCAGAGAGGGGCAGAGGUUCCCAAAGAAUGCAACAAAUGCACGUGCGAUAGCGGCGCCUGGCAGUGCACAAACAAACGCUGCGAGGCCACGUGCUCAGCCAUAGGUGACCCCCACUACAUGACAUUUGACGGCACGCGCUUCGACUUUAUGGGUCAGUGCUCCUACUACAUGAUCUACGACAAGACCUUCGACGUCAUCACGGACAACAUAAAGUGCGGCCAUGGUGAAGCGUCUUGUACCAAGAGUGUUUCGAUCGACAUCGGCGGACACCAUAUAAAGAUGGACCACAACCAUCAGCUCUUCGUCGACGGCGUAGAAAUCACGUCACUUCCGUUUCAAAACGAGGCCAUCAAGAUAUUCAUGGUGUCAUCUCUGUUCAUGAAGGCGGAACUAUCCAAUGGGAUCACAAUUCUUUGGGACGGACGUACACGAGCCUACGUGACCGCUCCACCGGAGUUCAUCAACAAAACAAUGGGCUUGUGCGGUACCUACGACUUCAACCAGAAGAACGACUUCAAGACGAAGGAAGGCGACAUAGAGACAACACCGAACGCGUUCGGUAACCGCUGGAAGACCAUUCCCACGUGCAAGGACGCCGGGCCCGUCGUCAACCCGUGCGACGAGAACGUCAACCGGAGGAACCAGUCCGCCUACUACUGCGAAUACCUGAAGAGCGACGUGUUCCGAAGCUGCGCUGACGUCGUCGAUGUGGAGUCGUUCUACCACGACUGCAUGUUUGACGUGUGCGCGUGCACAGAGAACCUCAAGGACUGCCUGUGUCCGAUCCUCGGAGAGUACGCUGCUCAGUGCGGUGCCGCGGGCAUCGAGAUCAAGUGGAGGAACGAGAUCGCCGAGUGCCAUCUACCUUGCAAUGGCGGUCAAGAGUACCAGGUCUGUCCAAACGAGUGCACGCGCACUUGCUCCAAUCUCGCCAACGACAAGACCUGCGUCCAGUCGUCUGUAUGCGCGGAGGGCUGCGGCUGCCCGGUCAACCAGACUCUUGACAACGGCAACUGCAUCCCGAUCUCCCAGUGUCCAUGCGUAUUCGACGGACAGGAGUUUGCCGCCGGUGUGAAGUCCGAACGUGGGGACCAGAUUUGCGUGUGCCUGAACGCUCAGUGGGCAUGUGCGCAAAAGUCCGGAACUGUACACAUCCAGAACACCGUUGAAGCCUGCUCUAACAACUCCGUGUACACCACCUGCGUGCCCGAGUGCCCCAUGACCUGUGAGAACAUGCGCGACCCUAAAGCAACCUCGUGCAACUCUACCGUCUGCCGCGAAGGAUGCGUUUGUCAACCCGGUUAUGUCCGCGAAGGUAAGGAGUGCGUGCUGAAGAGUGACUGCCCAUGUAAGCAUGGAGGCAUCUCUUACAAGGAAGGCGAGACAUUCAGUAUGGACUGCAACGAGUGCACGUGUCGAAGCAUGUUGUGGGUGUGCGAGCAAAAGGAGUGCCCGGCCGUCUGCAGCGCCUAUGGAGACUCGCACUACACGACAUUCGACGGCAAGUCAUACGAGUUCCAGGGAACCUGCGACUACGUGUUUGCCAAAUCUACCGCCACCAGCCCCAUAAAGUUCGAAAUCACCACUGAGAAUCUCCCGUGCGGCACCACCGGUGUCACGUGCACGCGCUCCAUCUCGUUUAGCAUCGGAGAACAGGGUACCCCUAAUUUCUACCGGAUUCAGCUGGUGAAGGGUAAGCCCGUAGUCCCCGAGCCUGGUUCCCCGUUUAACGUGCAGGAGGUAGGCAACUUCAUCAUCAUCACCACGCCCCAGGGCAUCACUCUCGAGUGGGACAAGGGCACGCAACUCUACCUGAAACUGAGUACCGAACAUAAGGGACAGGUUGUCGGCCUAUGCGGCAACUUCAACGGGAACCAGAAGGACGAUUUCACGACACCCCAGGGCGGUCCCCCGGCCACCCGACCCACCGCAUUCGCCGACAGCUGGAAGGUGCACGCGCACUGCGGCAACUCCAAGGAAAUUACGGACACGUGUUCCACAAACACUGAGCGCCGCGCAUGGUCCCAGCAGCAGUGUGGCAUCAUCGCCAGCCGACUGUUCGAGCCCUGCCAUCGUGUGGUCGCCUACCAACCUUACGUUGACAGGUGCGUGUUUGACGCAUGCGCGUGUGACACCGGUGGGGACUGCGAGUGUAUGUGUACCGCCGUGGCGGCGUACGCUCACGUGUGCGCGAUGAACGGCAUCAGUGUCAAGUGGAGGACAGAGGAUAUGUGCCCGAUCAUGUGCGAGAACUGCAUGACCUACAACCCGUGCAUUUCGAUCUGCCCCAAGAAAACGUGCGACAACCGACUGGUAUAUGACAGCCUUAUCAAGGACUGCGGAAAAGAAACUUGCGUCGAGGGAUGUGACAUCGAGCCCUGCCCGACAGGCCAGCUUUACGAGAGCAACAAGGCUCCUUUCAAGUGCAUACCGGAAGCGUUCUGUAACACCACGUGUCUCACCAUUAACGGGAAGGAGUACAAGGAAGGAGAGCGAAUCACAGACGCCACCGUGUGCCGCAUGGAAUGCGAAGUCUGUUACUGUGACAACAACCAGAUCAAGCGGACGGGCGUGUGCUCGAGCACUACGUCACCCGUUGUCUCAUCGACCACGCCCUACAUCACCACCACCACCCCCUUGCCCACCCUGCCCCCGCAGUGUGUGCAGAAUGGCCCCACUGCUUGGAUGAGCGUUUCGGCGCCAACCCCAUUCAACCAAGGCGACAUCGAAUCCAUUUCCGAUCUGCGCGCCAAGUAUACGUUCUGCGACGCCAGCCAGAUGACAGCGAUCGAAUGUCGGGUCGUCGGGACACAAACGUCGUCGGCCGCCGCCGGGCAGCGGGUUUUCUGUGACCUGCGGAACGGGCUGAAGUGUUACCAUAGCAACCAGGCCGCCGGCGAACAGUGCCUUAACUACGAGGUCCGGGUCACGUGCAAUUGCGGAUUACCAAUUACCACAACUAUAGCUCCAAACAUGCUCCCUGGGGGGUCUCCCACGCCUCGACCACGCCUUGACAACUGGGGCACGCCCACCUUGACGUCAACCCUGAUCCCCCCGCCCAUGACGACGACCCCACAUGGCCCAGUGGCGAUGCUUAGAUGCAAAGAGCCCGGAUGGUCCAACUGGAUGAAUAGCGCGCAACCGUCUGCGUCAACAUCAGGAAACGACGUCGAAUUCCUACCGGAUCUCAUGAAAGCUUAUGAAGUCUGCAAGGUGGAUCAGGUCGCAUAUAUCCAGUGUCGGCGGGUGUCCGACAGGAUCAGCUGGGAUCAGGCGGCUGAUUCCCGGACAGUCUGCAGCACGAAGGCGGGGUUCGCCUGCUAUGGGUCCCUCCAACAAGGCGGCAUAUGCGAGGACUACGAAAUCAGAGUGUACUGUCAGUGUUUGGCGAGCGCGUGCGACCAGCAGCUCACCAGUGACUCGAGGUCCGUACUCGACUCCCAAUUCACUGCGUCAUCAUCUGCCGCUACCUACGGUCCUGCCAUGGCCCGUCUCGACGGCCCGAGCGGCUGGAAAGCCAACGCAGGCGACGCUAAACCAUGGCUGCAGAUCAACUUUGGCGAGGCCGUAAACUUUGCUGGUUUGAUCACUCAAGGCGUAAAGGGCACGCAAGUGUACACGAAGUCAUAUACGCUGUCCUACAGCUCCGAGUGCAAUAUCUUCACGGACUAUAUGGGGCCUGACGGCAAACCAAUGUUGUUUGUGGGCAACACGGACUCCCAGGUAGACUCCACUCACAUCCUUCCGGGUCAGGUUGACAUGGUCACGUGCGUGCGCAUCAAUCCCGUCGACUUCAAUGUGGCACCGGGCAUGCGCGUGGACAUCCUUGGCUGCAGAACUAACACUGGUAUAUCGGAGGUUUCCUCCACCACCACGCCGCCGCCCCCUCUCCUCAACAUGACAACCACCGUAUCUCGCAACAUGACAACCUCAAUGCCGUACACCUGCACACCUGGCUGGUCCGAGUUUAUGAGCAUCGACACGCCCUCUGUGCUUCACACGUGGGAGGGACAGGGUCUUGGCGACAUCGAGCCGCUCUCAGAGCUCCGGAAGUACUACAGCUUCUGUGCUAAUCCUUCGGGAAUCCAGUGCCGCGUGCGGGACACGAGGGUGUCGUAUACAAUGUCUCCUGACUUCGAAACUGAGUGCUCGCUAGAGAAAGGUUUUGUGUGCUUGAACUCGGUUCAGGCACCCAUGGCAUGCUUAGACUACGAAGUCAGCGUUAACUGCGAUUGUGGAACAUCAACACCAACACCAACGCCAACAACGACGGGCGGAGUGGGCUUCCCCCUUUCCCCAAAACCGUUCUGCGGUUGGACCGAUUUCAUGAAUAGCUACGUCCGAACCGGCGCUAGUAAGGGGGACUACGAAACAAUCCACAACCUGCGCAUGAAGCACGAGUUCUGCGAGUUUCCCGUGCGCAUCGAAUGCCGUGAGGUCGGCACACAUCGUGACUUCGCAGCGGUCAAUCAGGCGGGCGUGACGUGCGAUAUAAACCACGGUCUGGUAUGCGAAGAUAAAGGUCAGACUGGCGCCGUGUGUAAAGACUACGAAGUGCGACUCUACUGUAUCGACUCUUGUACCGGAACAACCCUUUAUCCGCCAUUGUACACUGGCCCAUCAGCAACCCAGUCACCAGCUGGCGUUACUGGUGGAUCACCGACACUUACGCCUCCUACCGGUCUUUCCGGUACUCCGACUGCCUACCCUCCAGGAUACACCGGUAUAACAGCUACACAGUCGCCACCGGGCGGUUCGGGCGGAUCUCCGACUCUGUCGCCUCCUGUCGGUGCCUCCGGUACUCCGACUGCCUAUCCACCAGGAUACACCGGCAUAACAGCUACUCAGUCGCCACCAGGCGGUUCGGGUGGAUCACCAACUCUAUCGCCUCCUGUCGGUGCUUCCGGUACUCCGACUGCCUAUCCACCAGGAUACACCGGCAUAACAGCUACUCAGUCGCCACCAGGCGGUUCGGGCGGAUCACCAACUCUAUCGCCUCCGGCCUAUACUGGUAAACCUACUGCGUAUCCACCAGGUUUCAAUGCAUCUGUACCAACACAGUCGCCAUCCGGUGUCCCUGGUGGCUCACCGACACUCAUUCCGCCUUCCGGAUAUUCCGGUCAACCGACGACCACAUGGGCAGUUCCUUGGCUCUGUAAGGAAGGCUGGACCGACUGGAUCAAUAUCGGAAAUCCAUCAAUCGCCAAAGGGGACUUUGAAUCAUACACGAACAUACCCGGCUACCCUGGGAGCUGCGAUGAGUUGAUCAAGGCGGACUGCGCGGUGGCUUCCACGGGUCAGCCGUACAUGUACUCGGGUCAGGACGUGAUCUGCGACCUCCGCGGUCUCCAGUGCGUGCACGGACCCAUGCAGACCUGCCUGGACUACAAGAUCAGAUUCUUCUGUUCAUGUCACCCAGAACGAACCAUGAGCCCGACAGUAACGAUUCCUCACCCAGGUGUUUCCGGUAUAACACCGAGCGCUCACGGCUACACUGGCUCCCCGACCAUGUCUCCGCCCACGGAGGGAACGGGAAAGCCGACGGUGAUUCCUCCGGCGCUGACUGGCACUCCAAACCGGAACUUUUCCUCCGAUCUGAAUUGCACACAGGGUUGGACGAAGGCCAUGUCUGUGAGCACGCCGUCAUUUACCGGAGAUGAUUUGGAAACAAUUGCCGACCUUAGGAAGAAACACGCGUUCUGUGGAGAUGGAAAUAUUGUUGCAAUAAGAUGCACGGGUCUUAUAUCUGAGAAGAGCGCAGAGGAGAUGGGUCAGAAGGUCACAUGUGACGUCUCUCAGGGUCUUCUAUGUUACGGCGCCGAACAGGCCGGUGGCAAGUGCGAAGACUACGCGGUGCAGGUGUACUGCGACUGCAUGGCUCCACCUCAAACCACAACUCUCGAACCGCCCAUGCUUCCCGGCGGCGUCCCGACGGCCCGUCCACCCCGAUUCCCGCAAGUCACCCCGACGAUUGCACCGACGACUCCGGGUCAGUUAACCGUCUCGCCGCGCAAGGAGUGCGACAUCCCUAUCGGCGUGGCGGACCAGACGGUCAUUUCCGGGAGCCAGCUGACGGCGUCCACUGCUUACAAUUUCAGUUUCGAGGCCAGUAAUGGCCGUCUGAUGCAGCAGGCGUCUGGGCCAAACGGCGCAGCCUGGUUGCCAAGAUUUAACGACAAGCAACAGUUCAUCCAGGUCGAUCUCGGUUCACUCGAGCAGAUCGCUGGCCUCAUCACACAGGGCCGACCCGACACCGACCAGUGGGUUGAGUCCUUCUUCGUGGAGACGAGCAUCGACGGCACGCACUGGUACAAGUACGCCGACAUGGGCUCUAAGAAAGAGUACACGCUGUUCGCCGGAAACUUCGACCGCUCCACGCAGGUUCGCACCAUGUUCGACCGGGAAAUCGACGCGCGGUUCGUAAGGAUCGUACCUCAGUCCUGGUACCAAUGGAUCGCGCUCCGCUUCGAGAUCUUGUCAUGCUACGGGCGACACUCCACUCUAGCGCCCGGGAUGCAAACCGGUGGCUCACCGACCUUGCCUCCUGGAAGCGUGCCGACGAACAUUCCGACAUUGAUACCGCCCGUUGGAACAGGCGCACCCACGCCAGCUCCUCUCUGCCUGGAACCAAUGGGCGUGGACAACGCGCUUUUGUUGCGUGACGGGCAGCUGACCGCCAGUUCCGGUCUUGACACGAUGCAUGGCGCCGCCGCCGGUCGCCUCUACAACCAGUUCUCAGGAUGGGCACCAGCAACUUCUUCCGGUAAACAAUGGAUUCAGGUGGAUCUCCUUCAACCGCGUUAUAUUUCCGGUGUGCUCACGCAAGGACUCCCGGAAGUGGACAAGUGGGCGCGCCAGUACGUGGUCUCGUUCUCCAAGGAUGGCUACACGUUCACCACGUACUCCGAGGCCGCCACUGGGGAACCCAAGGUAUUUGAGGGCAACUACGACCGGAACUCCAUCGUAAAACAGCUGUUCCGCUCAAACGUGGAGGCCCGCUAUGUGAGGAUAACAGUCGUGGCCGGAAGUUCCUCUGGAAUCGGCUUGCGCUUGAACCUCAUCGGUUGCUUCAGCGCGGUACCUACACAGGCGCCUACCGGAACCGUAGGUUCGAACACGCCGACCCUCUUGCCCCCUACCGGCACUAUCGCCAGUCCGCCCCCUACACAGAUCCUUCCAGUGUGCACGAUACCGAUGGGUAUCGGCAAUCACUACAUAAUCGGCGCCUCGCAGAUAACUGCCUCCAGCAGUAUGGGCAUCGAUCACCUGAAGAAUAAGCGGGAGGCGACGGGAAUUAAGCUGCCCUGGACUCCAGAACAAACAGACGUGAAGCCAUGGAUUCAAGUGGACUUCCUUGAACCUAAGACCCUCUCAGGCGUGAUCACCCUAGGCAGCCCAUACAAGGAGGAAUGGGUUACAUCCUAUCAAGUGUUCACAAGCAUGGACGGCAAGACGUUCGUGCCUUACUCCGACAUAGAGAAUGGCACCGUGCCAAAGACGUUCGAAGGGAACACCGACAACACGACAGAGGUGACACGAUUGUUCAAUCGGAACAUCGUUGGCCGCUACAUCCGAAUCUAUCCCAUCACUUGGCACGUUCUACCGACGCUGAUGUUCGAAAUUCUCGGCUGCAAUCCGACGGAAGCUGUCAAUAUGACGACCGUCGCACCAGGCGCCACGGGGGGUUUGACGCCCACGGCGACGCCACCGAUAGGCGGCACGAGGACGCCGACGGUUUCUCCACCGGCGCAUAGCGCUACGCCGACCCCCAAAUUCGGUGAAACCGUAGCACCUCCAACUCAGCCCUUCAUUUCCCCACCUAAAGUUUGUUUGACGCCUAUGGGAAUGGAGUACUACGGAACCGUGCUUGACAAACAAAUCUCGUCCUCGUCGGAACUGAACGUGACUUACGGCGCGACAAGCGGGAGAAUAUACGACGAGACCGCAUGGAUACCCCGAUCAAACGACACGUCACCCUGGAUACAGAUCAACUUCGAGAAGCCAAAAUUGCUGAGUGGUGUCCAAACGCAGGGCGAGCACAACGGCGAACGAUGGGUUACUAAGUACACCGUGGAAUUUAGCAUGGACGGCAUAACCUACUAUCCUUACGCGGACAAACUGGGCGCUACCCAUCCCAAAGAGUUCACAGCCAACCAUAACAGCUUUGAUGUCGAACGUCACCUGUUUAACCGCAACGUGACCGCCCAGUACAUACGCAUACAUCCGUUGACCUGGCACGGCUCCCUUCCGGCGCUCCGGCUUAACGUCCUCGGCUGUAAUCCUGACAAUCCUCUGGUUCCGACGCCGACAGUGCCUCCGACGAGCGUCACGCCGGCCCCGAACGCUUCCUCGGGAUCGCCGACAACACCCGGUGGUGUGGUUACAGGAACCACCAAUGGUUAUGAAGGAAUCUCCACAAUCCCUGGCCUGAUGAUGGUACCACCUUCCCUAUGUGACGUUCCGAUGGGCAUCGAGAACCACCUGAUUGUCAAGGACAUACAACUCUCCGCCUCCUCCUCCAAGGACCAGUUCACUGGAGCGGAACGCGCUCGGCUCUACUCGGAGAAGGACGGAAGCUUCUCCGGAGGCUGGAUGGCAGGAGAGAACAACCUGAAGCAGUACAUCCAGGUGGACUUCCUGGCCCCAUAUUACCUCGGCGGCAUCGUCACUCAGGGUCGGGCAGACGCUCCCCAGUGGGUCACCCGCUACGAGGUCUACUACAGCACGGACGGACGUCACUUUUCCGCCAUCCCCAAGUCCUACCUCGACUCUAGCCCCAUGGUGUUCAGUGGAAAUAGCGACAAGAGUACGCCGGUUGCGCACAAGUUCCCACUCAUCUCCGCUCGGUGGAUAAGGAUCCACCCCGUUGAGUGGCACGGAGCUAUAGCCAUGCGGUUUAACGUCUUGGGUUGUAUGUCACCGUCACGGUCGCCAUUGACGACCAUCACGGCGACGACACCGACGACGCCUACUGUGUCGGGAGUAACACCCAUGAUUACUGGUGCCGGAAGUACGUCAUGCGCCUACUGGACGCCUUGGGUGAGCGCCAGCAAGCCGGACAAACAGGGCGAAUACGAAUCUGCCUGGCAACUGCGCGAGCUCAUCACUUUCUGCGACUAUCAGUACAUCACGCGAACAGAAUGCCGCACCACCGGAACGCAUAUCCAGUACGACCAGGCGGGCGAAUCGGGUCUAAUCUGCAACAACGAACUCAAAGGACUCUUGUGUUACGCGAAGAAUCAAACGGACGGUAGCUGCCUUGACUACGAAAUUCGUAUGUUCUGUGACGAGUGCUCCUCCCCUACGACGCCACGCGUUACACCGGAAGUCUGCAGUCCAAAAUGGCUUCCUUGGAUCAACAAAAUGAUACCGACGACUGAUAUGAAUUACGUUGAGCACGAGUUCAUGACCGUUGCGAAACAGCGCGAGCUCUGUCCCAACGGGAAAUUGACCCGCAUUGAGUGCGUGACGACUAGCGGCAUUCAACACUACAGCACCGGCUCAAUAGGAACUACCUGUGACGUCACAAGCGGUCUCACCUGCAGGAACAGCGAAAACUAUCCAAUUGGUUGUGAAGAUUUCAAAGUCAGAUACUACUGUGAAUGCGAAGUAUCACCAACACAACAACCUUCUACUCUGUAUGCUGGGACGCCAACUGUAUCUCCACCAUUCGGAAGUGGCGCUACACCGACAGCAAGCCCGCUUACCGGAAGUGGAGGCUCUCCAACCGCCAGUCCCAAUAUUGGAGGCGGAGGAUCCCCAACACUUAUUCCUCCUAACGGCGGCACUGGUACACCGACAGCCAGCCCGCUUACCGGAAGUGGAGGCUCUCCAACCGUCAGUCCCAAUAUUGGAGGCGGAGGAUCUCCAACCCUUAUUCCUCCAAACGGCAGCACUGGAACACCGACAGCAAGCCCGCUUACCGGAAAUGGAGGUUCCCCAACCGCCAGUCCCAAUAUUGGAGGCGGUGGAUCUCCAACACUUAUUCCUCCUAACGGCGGCACUGGGACACCGACAGCCAGCCCGCUUACCGGAAGUGGAGGAUCCCCAACCGCCAGUCCCAAUAUUGGAGGCGGAGGAUCUCCAACACUUAUUCCUCCAAAUGGCGGCACUGGAACACCGACAGCCAGCCCGCUUACCGGAAAUGGAGGCUCCCCAACCGCCAGUCCCAAUAUUGGAGGCGGAGGAUCCCCAACACUUAUUCCCCCUAACGGCGGCACUGGAACACCAACAGCCAGCCCGCUUACCGGAAGUGGAGGCUCUCCAACCGUAAGUCCCAAUAUUGGAGGCGGUGGAUCUCCAACACUUAUUCCACCAAACGGCGGCACUGGAACACCGACAGCCAGCCCGCUUACCGGAAGUGGAGGCUCCCCAACCGCCAGUCCAAAUAUUGGAGGCGGAGGAUCUCCAACACUUAUUCCUCCAAACGGCGGCACUGGAACACCAACAGCCAGUCCGCUUACCGGAAAUGGAGGCUCCCCAACCGCCAGUCCCAAUAUUGGAGGCGGAGGAUCUCCAACACUUAUUCCUCCUAACGGCGGCACUGGAACACCGACAGCCAGCCCGCUUACUGGAAGUGGAGGUUCUCCAACCGUCAGUCCCAAUAUUGGAGGCGGAGGAUCUCCAACACUUAUUCCACCAAACGGCGGUACUGGAACACCGACAGCUAGCCCGCUUUCCGGAAGUGGAGGCUCCCCAACCGCCAGUCCCAAUGUUGGAGGCGGAGGAUCUCCAACACUUAUUCCUCCUAACGGCGGCUCUGGAACACCGACAGCCAGUCCGCUUACCGGAAGUGGAGGUACUCCAACCGUCAGUCCCAAUAUUGGAGGCGGAGGAUCUCCAACACUUAUUCCUCCAAACGGCGGCACUGGAACACCGACAGCCAGCCCGCUUACCGGAAGUGGAGGCUCCCCAACGGCUAGCCCCAAUAUUGGUGGCGGAGGAUCUCCAACACUUAUUCCUCCAAACGGCGGCACUGGAACACCGACAGCCAGCCCGCUUACCGGAAGUGGAGGCUCCCCAACCGCCAGUCCCAAUAUUGGAGGCGGAGGAUCUCCAACUAUAAUUCCUCCAAACGGCGGCACUGGAACACCAACAGCCAGUCCACAAUCCGGAAGUGGAGGCUCCCCAACAGCUCAGCCGCAUUCGGGAAGUGGUGCUUCGCCAACCGUUCUUCCUCCGACAGUAUCUGGCAGUCCUACAAUAGGUACGACCCCUUGCGUCGUAAAGACUGAGUGGUCCACUUGGUACAACAGACACACGCCUACCCCUGACACCGACGAGAUUGAAGGAAUGUCCGGCGCUGAGAAAUAUGCAUUCUGUGGAUCGGGAACCCUUCUUGCAGUCGAGUGUCAGACCAUCAACAACAUUCCGUUCUUCAGCACAGGCGACUUUGGUACAGUGUGUAAUAUUUCACAUGGUCUCAUAUGCUCGUCGACGGAAAACUUCCCUGUUGGAUGCAACGAUUACAUGAUCAGAUAUCAGUGUCAAUCCUGUGAAGGUUCAGUGACGCAAUCAUCGACCGCUUCCACCACCCACAGUCCCACGGUACCAGGCCAAGGAACCCCAACUCUGACCCCUCACGGGAUUAAACCCGGAGUUCCAACUGUUGCGCCACCUACCGUGUGCGCGACAACAACGCAAUGGAGUAGCUGGAUAAACAGGGACAAGCCCGGGACUGGAACCGGCGACACAGAAGUAAUGACAGGAGAGGAGAAGAUGAAAUUCUGCCCUACCGGCACCAUAGUGACCGUAGAAUGCCAACGCUCUGACGGAACACCUCACUACGAUACCAUGGACAUAGUGGAUUGUAACCCAGUAACUGGACUGACCUGUGACAAUGAUGUGAACAUGGGUCAAUGUGGCGACUACAUGAUCCGUUACCAGUGCGAGCAGACGACAUGCGGGGUACCAACAACUGCUUCCACUGCCACCCCUCCCAGAUCCCCAACAACACUGGGCUCUACAACCAUCGUGACGAACAACAACAAAGUAUCCACGGGGACACUUCCGGGUACAUGGCACACCGGCCCUACAACCCUCUCAGUUCCCCCGCCUUCAGGGCAAAGCACCACUGCGCAGCCACCUGCAAUUUGUGAGACAGUUAGCCGCUUGUCCAUGUGGAUUGACAGGCUGCACCCUACUGUAAACACCGACGAACACGAGUUCAUGACCAGAGAGGAGCUAAUGCGAUUCUGUGCACGUGGUGUAAUUAGCAAAGUCGAAUGUCAGACGACGACCGGACAGUCACUGGCCCAGUCACCUGAUUUCGCGACGUGCUCCAAGGACAACGGUCUGGUGUGCAGUUUCUUGGAGAAUUUCCCGAUGGGCUGUCAGGAUUACCGAGUGCGAUACGAAUGCCAGGAGCAGGUAUGUCAGACUCCGACUGCUCAUCCGCAAACAGGUCCCGGGGGAGUUCCAACGGCUUCACCUGGAGCAGGUAGCUCUGGUUCCCCUACAGCUUCACCACCGAUAGGAAACGGAAGUGGACCUACAGCGCACCCACCAACAGGUUCCGGAGGAGUUCCCACAGCUUCACCCGGAGCAGGCAUCUCUGGUUCUCCUACAGCUUCGCCACCAAUAGGAAACGGAAGUGGACCUACAGCACACCCACCAACAGGUCCCGGAGGCGUUCCCACAGCUUCACCUGGAGCAGGUAGCUCUGGUUCCCCUACAGCUUCACCACCGAUAGGAAACGGAAGCGGACCUACAGCACACCCACCAACAGGUAGCGGAGGAAUUCCCACAGCUUCACCUGGAGCAGGUAGCUCUGGUUCCCCUACAGCUUCACCACCGAUAGGAAACGGAAGCGGACCUACAGCACACCCACCAACAGGUUCCGGAGGAGUUCCCUCAGCUUCACCCGGAGCAGGCAUCUCUGGUUCUCCUACAGCUUCGCCACCAAUAGGGAACGGAAGUGGACCUACAGCGCACCCACCAACAGGUAACGGCGGAGUUCCCACGGCUUCACCCGGAGCAGGCAUCUCUGGUUCUCCUACAGCUUCGCCACCAAUAGGAAACGGAAGUGGACCUACAGCGCACCCACCAACAGGUAACGGAGGAGUUCCCACAGCUUCACCCGGAGCAGGCAUCUCUGGUUCUCCUACAGCUUCGCCACCAAUAGGAAACGGAAGUGGACCUACAGCGCACCCACCAACAGGUAACGGAGGAGUUCCCACAGCUUCACCCGGAGCAGGCAUCUCUAGUUCUUCUACAGCUUCGCCACCAAUAGGAAACGGAAGUGGACCUACAGCGCACCCACCAACAGGUAACGGAGGAGUUCCCACAGCUUCACCCGGAGCAGGCAUCUCUGGUUCUCCUACAGCUUCGCCACCAAUAGGAAACGGAAGUGGACCUACAGCGCACCCACCAACAGGUAACGGAGGAGUUCCCACAGCUUCACCCGGAGCAGGCAUCUCUGGUUCUCCUACAGCUUCGCCACCAAUAGGAAACGGAAGUGGACCUACAGCGCACCCACCAACAGGUAACGGAGGAGUUCCUACGGCUUCACCGGGUUCAGGGCCAUAUGGAAAUUCACCAACUAUAUUCCCUCCCACCGGAAGUGGCUUUACACCGGCUGUGAACAAGUGUACGAAGAGUCACUUCAGCUCUUGGAUCAACAGAGACAAACCAGUCAUUGGCAACGGUGACUUUGAGAGCUUCAGCCAAAAAGAAAAGGAAGAUUUUUGCGUCGGGGGCGUCAUUAACCGCAUCGAGUGCGUGACCUCAGAAGCAGACAUUCCUUCCUACAGUGCUGGUGAAAUUGUCAAGUGUGAGAUCGAGCACGGUUUGGUUUGCCGUAAUGAAGAUAAUUCCCCGAUCCCAUGUUCAGACUACAAAAUACGCUACUUCUGCGACUGUAAUGAGACGUUCACGUCAGUCGUCACACCCGGAACGCCGACGACUACAGAAAACGUCCCGAUCGAGCCGACAUUUACAGUCCGCUGCGGCUGGUCUCCAUGGUUGAAUGGGGACAGGCCGAACUUCGGAACCGGCGACAAUGGUGAUCUGGAAUCCAUCGCCUCCCUGAAAUCUAAGUUUGGAAUCUGCAAAAACAUCGUUGACAUCAGCUGCCGCGUCGCUGGUACGAAUAUGACGUCAUCAGCUGCCGGUCAAAAAGACGUCACGUGUGACGUAUUGAAUGGUCUGCGCUGUUACAACAGGGACCAGAUCGGAGGAGCCUGCUAUGAUUACGAAGUGAGCGUACUGUGCUGGGGUCCAGAGUGCACCGGAAAUACCGCCACCUUGGUACCCGGCAUUGGCUUCACGGGCAGCCCGUCCAUUACCGCUGUGUGUCCACCCGGUCAAGUAUGGGAGGCUUGCGCCUACAAGUGCGGCGACUUCUGCGAAGGGUUUGCCCAGACUACCGGACUGUGCAGCAACGCGGACAACCAGUGCGUGCCCAUGUGCCGCAUCCCCACCCAGGCAACCACGUGUCAGCCCGGGGAGCUUCUGCGUGAUAAGUACACGUGCGUCCAGCAGCAACAAUGCCCGUGUGUGAAACCAGACGGCACCGUCGCUCUGGCUUACGAGACGUGGGCGGGUCAGACGGACUGUUCCAUCUGCCAGUGCGCAAACAACCAGAUCCGCUGUUCCACAUACGACAACUGCACGUCCACGACGUCAACAUCAACGCUUGUGCCACCUAAAUACCCAGGAAUCACCCCCACUAUUCGGCCUGUGAUAACCCAUCCUGAUUGCGGCUGGACCGCGUGGAUCAACACCGACCGACCCACCGUCGGCGCCGGCGAUCUGGAAACCAUCUCCAAGAUACGACAACUGCACAGCUUCUGCGUGAAUCCCGUCAUGAUCGAAUGCAGAGACACGCGCACCCAGACUUCCGUCAGGGACUCUUCACAAAAGGUCACGUGCGACCUCGUUUCCGGUCUGAAGUGUUUGAAUUGGGAUAACGGAGCCGGAUGUAAUGAUUACGAAGUCAGGUUCUACUGCCCAUGUGUCAGCACGUUGGUAUCGAACACACCAACUGCUCAUCCACCAACAGAAUCGGGAGGUUCUCCAUCCGCUUCACCCAAUUUAGCUUCCGGUGGCGUUCCAACAGCCUCGCCGUCCACAGGACCUAAUGGCGCACCAACUGCACAUCCACCAUCAGUGUCCGGAGGCGUUCCCACAGCUUCACCCGGACAAGGUGGCUCUGGUUUCCCUACGGCGUAUCCACCAACAGGAAGUGGUGGUGCACCGACUGCUCAUCCACCAUCAGUGUCCGGAGGCGCUCCCACGGCUUCACCCGGACAAGGUGGCUCUGGUUUCCCUACGGCGUAUCCACCAACAGGAAGUGGUGGUGCACCGACUGCUCAUCCACCAUCAGUUUCCGGGGAAGCUCCCACGGCUUCACCCGGACAAGUUGGAUCUGGUUUCCCUACGGCUUAUCCACCAACAGGAAGUGGCGGUGCACCGACUGCUCAUCCACCAUCAGUUUCCGGUGGCGCUCCCACGGCUUCACCCGGACAAGGAGGCUCUGGUUCGCCUACGGCGUAUCCACCAACAGGAAGUGGCGGGGCUCCAACUGCACAUCCACCAUCAGUUCCUGGCGGUUCUCCCUCCGCAUCACCCAAUCUAGCUUCCGGUGGCGUUCCAACAGCCUCGCCGUCUUCAGUACCUAAUGGCGCACCAACUGCACAUCCACCAUCAGUUUCCGGAGGCUCUCCUACUGCUUCACCCGGACAAGGUGGCUUUGGUUCACCUACGGCUUAUCCACCAACAGGAAGUGGCGGUGCACCGACUGCUCAUCCACCAUCAGUUUCCGGAGGCGCUCCCACGGCUUCACCCGGACAAGGUGGCUCUGGUUCUCCUACGGCAUAUCCACCAACAGGAAGUGGUGGUGCACCAACUGCACAUCCACCAUCCGUUCCUGGCGGUUCUCCAUCCGCUUCACCCAAUCUUGCUUCCGGUGGCAUUCCAACAGUUUCUCCAUCCACAGGACCUAUUGGAGCACCAACUGCACAUCCGCCGACAGGAAAUGGAGGCGAGAUCCCUACUGCAAAACCAGUUACAUGUGGCUGGACAACUUGGAUUGAUGGUCAUAAACCUGAUGAAAACGGCGAGUCUGAGCUAUUCGCUGAUCUUAGGCGAAGCCUGCAGUUCUGCGCUGACACCGAUAUUCAGGGUAUCGAGUGUCGAGUGAAAACCACGCAUCAAAUGUUUAACGAAACGGACCAAAUUCAAGUUUUGUGUGACAUUAACUCUGGCGGUCUCAUGUGCUUCGCUUUUGAUCAGCCGACUGGGCAAUGUUAUGACUAUGAGAUCCGUGUUUUCUGCGAACCGAAGGGUCAGGACUGUUCAAAUGUUCCCACCGCUCGCCCACCAACUUACAACCCACACUCACCCACCACUGCUGCCCACAUCGGAUCUACCUCACCGCCCAUAACCUCUUCAACCGCCAGAGUAGACUCCUCCACGGUGAGCCCGGCAAUCGGAAGCGGCGCAACACCAACGGGUUCACCGCUGAACGCCGGCGGCAAUUCUCCAACGGCGGUUCCGCCUGGCUACAACUGCACCGACCAAUGGUCUAUUUGGUACAACCGCGACAACACUAACGAUGGAAAGGAGAUGGAGUUCAUGACCGAGGCUGAGAAGAGGCUGUUCUGUCCUUAUGGAACCCUGACAGCCAUUGAGUGCGUGACAACUAGUGGAAUACAGAGCUAUAGUACGGGCGAGAUCCUCGAAUGCUCCCUAGAACGCGGGCUGCUAUGCAACGAUGCAACGAAUUUCCCUGUUCCAUGCCAGGACUACAAAGUGCGAUACUUCUGCAAGUGCAAUGAACCCACGACACAAAGGACCACGACACCUCGCAUUCAGUCCACGGCUACAGUGUCGCCCCCUCUUAACAUAUCAUUCCCAGUUGUCUGUCAAACGAACAUGGGAGUGGCGGUAGGCGGCGCUGUUGCGGACUACAUGAUCAGCGCGUCAUCGUCACGUGACGGCCACACGAUCCCGGUUUUAGGCCGGCUGAACAGUCACGGUGCAUGGACGCCGUUAACAAGCAACGUUGGCCAGUAUUUGCAGGUUGACUUCCUGACCCCACAACUCCUCACGGGCCUGGUGACCCAGGGUCGCGAGGGCUCCUCCUCUUACGUAACGUCAUACAAGGUCAUGUACUCCCUGGACGGCUACUCGUGGACCCCGUACCAGGACCUCGGCAGAGACAAGGUGUUCUCGGCCAACAAAGAUGGCGACUCGCACGUGACCAACUGGUUUGAGCACCCAAUACGCGCACAGUUCAUCCGCAUCUUGCCGCAGACGUGGCACGGCGUGAUUGCUAUGCGACUGGAUAUCCUCGGCUGUUUCCAGGGAUACCAAAUCACCACCACGACACCGACGUCGUCCGCUCAACCACCAACGCAGCCGUUGACCGUAAAACCACCCAAACAGAUUUCCGGAGAAUGCAUCGUCUGGGACCAGUGGGUCAACGAGGGUCAUCUGUCACUCACUUCCGGUGGUGACUCGGAACCCAUAGCAACCAUUCAGUCCCUAUCGAAGGUCUGCACGUCUCCCGUCGCCAUCGAGUGUGCACGUGCAAGCGACGAACUUCCGUACAACAUGACUGGGCAGAGAGUCAAGUGUGACCUCUGGAACGGAUUGUCCUGCUUUAAUGCGGACAACACACCACUUUGUUACGACUACAAGGCCAGACUCGGGUGUCUUAAAAACUCACCGGAAUGCCUAAUCAACCCGACUCAAGGUGCCCAUGCGACGGUUUUACCGGUGACCAAUACCGUGAACUACAGGGUGCUGCCGUGUUUUGAAGGCCUUGACCUCAGUGCGUGCCCCAAGGACGGCUGCGCGGACGGUCUCUAUUGCGACGGCGUCAACUGCGUCAGAAAGGACCGAUGCCCUUGUCUGAUCGAUGGCAAAAUAGUCAUGUCCGGCGGUUUCAAGGAGGGAGCUAAUUGUGACACGUGUCAGUGUAUCGCCGGAGAGGUCAUGUGCACGCCCAAGAUGUGUGCCCCGUGUCCUCUGGGAUUCUCUCUUGACAACACGAACUGUUCUUGCUCGUGCGUACCAUGUCCGCCCGGAGAAUUCAAGUGCGGUAACGGCAUGUGCAUUCCACUGCAGCGGCGUUGUGACGGCGUCAUAGACUGUAUCGAUGAUGAAAAGGACUGUGUGUCGACUCCUCUCUUCACCCCGCCCACUGGCGCGACGGCAACGCCUACUUUGAACCCGCCCACAACGUCACGGUAUCACGGCACGCCCACUGUAACCCCGCCUUCUGUUACUGGAGUACCUACAGGAACACCUGUUGCCUGCACCAGCAAGUGGUCAAGCUGGCUCAAUAGAGACAAACCGAACACUGGCGACGGUGACAGGGAAGUCAUGACUCAGGGAGAACUAGCAACCUUCUGUCCGGUCGGCAAGAUCACCGCUGUGGAAUGUCAGACAGUGGACGGCAUCGCCUCCUACAGUACUGGAGAAGUAGCGCAGUGCACCAUGGAGGGCGGCUCCGUGUGUCUGAACGGUGACAAUGACCCGAUCCCGUGCAGUGACUACCAGAUCAGAUACUAUUGCAAGUGUGAAGAAUUACCCACCCUGCCAGGCGGCCAUAUUGGGUCCAACACACCCACAUUAAUUCCUCCAGGCGGACCUACAAAAAUACCAUACCUCGACAACGGCUCUACAACCAACCACAUAGUUUCCACAACACCAACAGAGGCUCCAGUGCCGUGUACUAGCCAGUGGUCAAGUUGGAUCAACACGGACACCCCGGACAGCGGCGAUGGUGAUAGAGAGUCGUGGACCGCUGCUCAGCGCUUGGUCUUCUGUCCGGCUGGCAAGAUCACCGCUGUGGAAUGUCAGACAGUGGACGGCAUCGCCUCCUACAGUACUGGAGAAGUCGCGCAGUGCACCAUGGAGGGCGGCUCCGUGUGUCUGAACGGUGACAAUGACCCGAUCCCGUGCAGUGACUACCAGAUCAGAUACUAUUGCACUUGCGAAGCCCAUCCCACCAAUCCUCCGGUUACCAUUUCACAUGGAACGCCAACCCCACCGCCUGGAGUCACCACAAGAACUACAACAGUGACCGUAGCUACGCCAUACCGCACGAAUGUUACUGCAACAGCCACUGGCGUCCCGCUAGCAUGUGUCGGCGCAUGGUCGUCAUGGAUCAACACGGACACCCCGGAUGGCGACGGUGACGUUGAGUCGUGGAGCGCCGCUCAAAAGUCCGUUUUCUGCCCAAUGGGCAAGGUGACCUCUAUCGAGUGUGCGACUGUGGACGGUAUCGCAUCAUACAGUACCGGUGAAAUACAGCAGUGCACGCUGGAGACCGGAUCUAGAUGCAUGAACGACGACAACUUCCCCGUUCAGUGCAGUGAUUACAAGAUCAGAUACUUCUGUGACUGCAAAGUUCAACCGACUCUACCCGCAACUGUCGGCUCCAAUACACCAACAUUGACUCCUCAUGGUUCUACCCAGAAUCCAUAUAAACAAUUGACCACCAGCCAGACACCAUUACCAUGCACCAGCCAGUGGUCAUCCUGGAUCAACAAGGACAAGCCCGACACCGGUGACGGCGACCGAGAGUCGUGGACCGCUGCUCAGCGCUCGGCCUUCUGUCCGGCUGGCAAGAUCACCGCUGUGGAAUGUCAGACAGUGGACGGCAUCGCCUCCUACAGUACUGGAGAAGUCGCGCAGUGCACCAUGGAGGGUGGUUCCGUGUGUCUGAACGCCGACAAUGACCCGAUCCCGUGCAGUGACUACCAGAUCAGAUACUAUUGCACGUGCGAAUCGCUUCCGACACAGAAGCCCCGUAUUGAAGUGACGCCCUCUACGACGGGGCUUCCACCCACAGUGUCUAGAGCACCAACAACAUCGCAUGGUCAUGGUCACGAGACCGCUGUGCCAUGCCUGACGCGCUGGGGCCGCUGGAUCAACCGAGACCACCCUGACACGGGCCCAGGUGAUCGAGAGGUCAUGAGCCAGCACGAACUGUCCACCUUUUGUGCCGGCGGGCGUAUAUCAGCCAUCGAUUGUCGCACCGUAGACGACAUUCCAUCAUACAGCACUGGGGAGAUGAUUUCAUGCACGAUCAACCACGGGCUUGAGUGCCGCAACGAUGACAACGCCCCAGUGACAUGCAGUGACUACAAGAUCAGAUACAGUUGCGAAUGUGAACAGGCUCCACCGAUGGUGACGACUGGGUCCCCAAUGGCUCUACACAGAACACCAAUGCACAUAAACCAAUGUGAACUCGUCACCUGCCCUGUCCGUCCCGUCGUAAAAGAAGGCGAGGAAGUGCAGGAGAUCCUAAUUCCCGAUGGCUGCUGUCGGGAGUACAAAGUUGUGUGUAACCCGAUGCUCUGCACCCAAGCGGCCCUUCAGUGCCCGCCGCCAAUGAGCAUGAUACCCGCCAAUACUAACGACUGUUGUCCGACAUUCCAAUGCACGUGUCCGCCAAUUUGCCCCGCUAUGAACAAGCCUACGUGUGGAGAAGGAAUGGAAGUGGUUAUUAUUGCGAACAAGUGCAAUUGUACAUCUUACGCAUGCGCACACAGACCACCAGUGAAGUCCUCAAUUUGUGAAUAUGUAAUGAACAACAAAACUCACACCUACAAUGUUGGCCAGUAUUGGCACGAUGGUCUCUGCAAAUUCUGCAAGUGCAUAGACAGACCGGAAGGAGCUGUGACAUCAUGCGAGGAGGAAAGAUGCCCUAUGUGCAAACUGGGCUUCAAACAAGUGCCACGGGCUGACCAAUGCUGCGACCAUUGUGAAGAGAUAGGCUGUGUUGUCAAUGGCACCGUCUACAAGGCGGGCGAUUACAUUCCCUCUACCAGAGACUGCUACACGAAGACGUGCAACUUCGAUGCCAACCUGAAGCGUUUCAUAGUCUCAGAGACCCAGGUCAUGUGUCCGAAAUACGAUCUACUGCGAGAAUGUCUUCAGGAAGAGGAAACAUAUGACCCUAAAGGCUGCUGCAUGCGAUGCGUUCCCAAACCUGUCCGCAACAAUACUGAGAACCUGACGUGCCAGACAUGCGCACCGCGUCUAAUAUCCGGGCAACCCAACGAUACGAUUGGCUACUUCACGGUUAUGGACAACCUUGAGCUGUGCAAGAACAAUGAACCUAUCCCCGACCUUCUGGAAUGUUCCGGCUACUGCAACUCGCACUCGUCAUACAGUCACGUGAUGCGAGGCUUCACCAACGAUUGCAACUGUUGCCAGGCUACGGCAACGGAGAGCAAGAGCGUGGAACUCACGUGUAAAGGUGGCCGCACAAUAUCAAAGACUUACUCCGUACCGAAGUCGUGCGGGUGUGGUAUUUGCACUGGAGGAAAGUAGAUGACAGGCGAAAUGUGAUGACUUUAUUGCAGUAACUCGUAUACUUGAUCGUGGCACUAUUAAUGGACGUUGUUUUGUGAAUCUUUACAAUUGUUAUUUAUUUUCGUUUCCACAUCAUCAUGAAAUAUAUGUUUGUUAACAGAUGUUUUUGAAAAUGAAAAUAAUGCAUGUUAAUAUCUUUUACCAUGCCGUGUUUUAAAUAGUUAACAAACAGCAUUCAACGCAAAUACGUAGAUAAUAUUGUGAUUAAGUGUAUCAACAAGUAUGCGACUGUAUGGUGAAUUACGAUCGUAUACAUUGAAAAAAAGAGCUUUUGAUUAAUUGAUUUUCCUAUGUAUAGAGUUUUGCUGCUGACUUGAUUAUUCAAUACCUUCAAAAUAUUUUGUGAAAUGCAUUUUGUCUUGAUGUGGAAAUAAAGCAUUUUAAAAUGA